UGAAGUCCACAUUCUUCCAGUUCGGGGCCUCCAUCCAGCAGGAGGCGCUGGCCAUGCUGAACAUCAUGGAGGAGUACGACUGGCACAUCUUCUCCAUCGUGACCACCAAGUUCCCGGGCUACCAGGACUUCAUCACCAUCCUGAAGACCACGGUGGACAACAGCUUCGUGGGCUGGGACCUGCAGAACACGGUCACGCUGGACGCGGUGGACGGGGACAUGCGCAUGCCCAUCCAGCUGAAGAAGAUCCAGUCCCCCGUCAUCCUGCUGUACUGCUCCAAGGACGAGGCGGGCUACAUCCUGGAGGAGGCGCGCACGCUGGGCCUGACGGGCUUCGGCUACAUCUGGAUGGUGCCCAGCAUGACCUCGGGCAACACGGAGGCGCUGCCCGACGAGUUCCCCGCGGGCAUGAUCUCCGUCUCCUACGACGAGUGGGACUACCCGCUGGAGGCGCGCGUGCGCGACGGGCUGGGCAUCAUCGCCAGCGCCGCCGCCGCCAUGCUGGCGGAGUUCGGCGACAUCCCCGAGGCCAAGACCAGCUGCUACGGGCCGAUGGAGAAGGCCAAGCUACCUCCCAGCGCGCUACACAAGUACAUGAUGAAUGUGACCUGGGAAGGCAGGGACCUGUCUUUCACGGAGGACGGGUACCAGGCCAACCCCAAACUGGUGGUCAUCGUGCUCAACAAGGAACGCGAGUGGGAGAAGUUGGGUCGGUGGGAGAACAGGACCCUGACCCUCAAGUACCCCGUCUGGCCGAGCUUCAACUCCCUCGGGGACGGCGAGAUCGACGACAACCACCUGAGCAUCGUCACCCUGGAGGAGGCGCCCUUCGUCAUCGUGGAGAACGUGGAGCGCCUGACGGGCACCUGCAUGAGGAACUCGGUGCCCUGCCGCAAGCACAUCAAAGACAACACCACCGAGGGAGGGGGGACGUACAUCAAGAAGUGCUGCAAGGGCUUCUGCAUCGACAUCCUGAAGAAGAUCGCUCAGAACGUCAAGUUCACCUACGACCUCUACCUCGUCACCAACGGCAAGCACGGCAAGAAGAUCAACAACGUGUGGAACGGCAUGGUGGGAGAGGUGGUGUACAAGAAAGCCGUCAUGGCGGUGGGCUCCCUGACCAUCAACGAGGAGAGGUCAGAGGUCAUUGAUUUCUCUGUCCCCUUCGUGGAAACGGGGAUCAGCGUGAUGGUUUCCCGGAGCAACGGGACAGUAUCGCCGUCAGCCUUUUUGGAGCCCUUCAGCGCUUCAGUGUGGGUGAUGAUGUUUGUGAUGCUGCUGCUGGUAACAGCCAUGGCAGUGUUCAUAUUUGAGUACAUCAGCCCCCUGGGAUUCAACAGGAACCUGGCACAGGGCAGAGACCCUCAUGGGCCCUCCUUCACCAUGGGCAAGGCCGUGUGGCUCCUGUGGGGCCUGGUCUUCAACAACUCUGUGCCCGUGCAGAACCCCAAGGGCACCACCAGCAAGUUCAUCGUGUCCGUCUGGGCCUUCUUCGCUGUCAUCUUCCUCGCCAGCUACACUGCCAACCUGGCCGCCUUCAUGAUCCAGGAGGAGUUCGUGGACCAGGUCACGGGCCUGAGUGACAAAAAGUUCCAGAGUCCUCACUCCUACUCGCCCCCGUUCCGGUUCGGGACAGUCCCAAACGGAAGCACAGAGAGGAACAUCAGGAAGAACUACCCGGACAUGCACCAGUACAUGGUCAAAUACCACCAGACAGGUGUCCAGGACGCACUGGUCAGCCUCAAGACCGGGAAGCUGGACGCCUUCAUCUACGACGCGGCCGUGCUCAACUACAUGGCCGGCAGGGACGAGGGCUGCAAGCUGGUCACCAUCGGGAGCGGCUACAUUUUCGCCACCACGGGGUACGGCAUCGCCCUGCAGAAGGGCUCGUACUGGAAGCGGGAGGUGGACCUCGCCAUCCUCGCCAUCAUCGGAGACGGCGAGAUGGAGGAGCUGGAGGCUCAGUGGCUGACGGGCAUCUGCCACAACGAGAAGAACGAGGUGAUGAGCAGCCAGCUGGACGUGGACAACAUGGCGGGCGUCUUCUACAUGCUGGCCACGGCUAUGGGCCUCAGCCUCAUCACCUUCAUCUGGGAGCACCUGUUCUACUGGAGGCUGCGCUACUGCUUCACCGGAGUGUGCACUGGCAAGCCUGGCCUGCUCUUCUCCAUCAGCAGGGGCAUAUGGAGUUGCAUUCAUGGCGUCCACAUCGAAAUGAAGAAAAAGUCUUCGGACCUGGACUUCAGUCCCCAGGCCAACAUGCUGAAGCUGAUGAAGUCAGCCAAGCACAUGACCAACAUGACAGGCCUCACGGCCUCGCGGCUGGGCUCCCCGAAGCGUCCCGGUGACUUCAUGCACCCGGCCGGGCCCAUGCUGAUGGACAUGAUGGGCGAGAAGGGCAACUACAUCUACACCGACAACCGCAGCUACGCCCCCAAGGAGGUGAUCUACGGCGACACGGGCGACCUGCAGGCCUACCUGGCCAACCGUCACAAGGACCACCUCAACAACUACAUCUUCCAGGGCCAGCACCCGCUGACUCUCAACGACGCCAACCCCAACACGGUGGAGGUGGCGGUCAGCGCCGACGCCACCCAGACCAACGCCAAGCCCCGCGGCGCCUGGAAGAAGUCGGGCCCUGUCCAGGACUCCCUGGCCUGUCCUGACGCCCGUCUCUCCAUGAAGAGCCAGCGGUACCUCCCGGAGGAUGCCGCCCACUCUGACGUGUCCGACUGCUCCAGCAGAGCCGCCUCCUACAAAGACGCCGACGGCCAGAAGCACCUGAAGUCCAAGGACAACUUAAAAAAAAGAUCGGUGAUAUCGAAAUACCCUAGGGACUGCAGCGAGGUGGAACUGUCCUACUUAAAGAGCAAGCAGCAACAAGGAGGAGGAGGAGGAGGGGGGCUGGGCCGUGAAAAGAUAUACACCAUAGACUCCGACCGGGAGCUGAGCCUGCACUCUGACCCGCUGCAUUACCGCGAGAGCCGGGCACUGGCUGACGACCUGGACUUCCCCGAGAUCUACUCCGACCACAACGACAACUACCGCAAGGCGGACCAACCCAUCAUCCACCUCAACAGCAGCCCCCUGCACCACGGCGACUCCGACCUCCUGCCGGACGCCAUCUACGCCAAGCACUACCCCAAGGAGAAGAGUCUGAGCCUCAGCCCGCACGAGACAGGCAACGACCGCUGCAAGCAGACGCACUGCCGCAGCUGCCUGUCCGCGGUCAUGCCCAGCUACGUGAGCCACUACGCCGCCCGGUCCCCCUACAACCGAUGCGAGGCCUGUCUGCGCACCGCCAACCUCUACGACAUCAGCGAGGACCAGAUGCUCCAAGAGGCCAUCAACCCUGCCUCCUCUUCCUCGGCGGCAGCGGCGGCGGCGGCAGCGGCGAACCAGGACGGGAUGUUCGGCCAGUACUGGCCCCAGACUGACGGGCCCCACGUGCAGAAGAGGAACCGGCUGAGGCUCAGCCGGCAGCACUCCUUCGACAACAUCGUGCUGGAGAAGCCCAAGGAGGUGGACCUGGGCAGGCCGGCCCGCAGCGUGAGCCUGAAGGAGAAGGACCGCUGCCUGAACGACAGCCCCUACACCAACAUGUUCAACUUCAGACCGGACAGGCUCCUGGGAGGCCGGCCCGCGCUCUUCAACCACAACCUGGAGGAGAGCAAGCGCAGCAAGUCCCUCUACCCCGACCACGCCUCGGACAACCCCUUCCUGCGCUGCUCCUCCCGGGACGACCAGCGGCUGGUCCACGGCCGGAGCUCCUCUGACAUUUACCGGCAGCUGGCGCCCCUCAAAUCGAGGAACGAGAACAAUCUGCGGUCCUCCGUCAGGUCCGCCGCCUCAUACUGCUCCCGGGAUGGUCGGAUACACAACGACGUGUACAUCUCGGAGCAUCUCAUGCCUUACGUAGCCAACAAGACUAGUGUGUACUCAGCUCCCCGAGUCCUCAAUUCCUGUAGCAAUAGAGGAGUGUAUAAGAAAAUACCCAGCCUCGAGUCGGAUGUUUAACGCUCCCGUUUCGUGUAGCUUCAAUCUUAAUCCAUUUUAGGAUGCCACAGCCACCUAAAACCUGAAUCAAAAAAAGUACCCACGUACUCUCUAGACAGUUUGUGUUUGUUCUUUUGUUUUAUUUGUUUGUUUGUUUGUUUAUAUUUUGUUCAGCAUCAGUGAGUUGCCCGAACAGUGCUUGCCAAAGGUUUUCAGUGUUUCAGUUUUUUCUCAGUGCAGUAAAAUAUCUCAUGGACUCCAGGAAUCAGCUCUCAAGAAG